UCGGCCGUGUUCUUCCUCGCCUCCCACACCCAUGCCCUUGGUUUCGUGUCCACGAUUCAGACACCGUGGUGGCGACUUGCCCGGCGGCGGCCUCUCUCCAUCGGCCUCCACCCUCGCCCUCCGCCUUCCCCAACAGAAGACAUCGUGCGAUGGAGAUGGCGGUGGCUGCACUCACGCCCCUGUUACUCAGCCAUCUGAGUGGCCUUCUUGGAUUGAUUAUCUGGUGGCGGCGUGGUGUUAUUGGUUUGCUGGGCAUUCCCCAUCGUUUCAUCAAUUUGUAGCAGCAGUGGCCUUUGGUUCGCCCCUUCUACUCCCGCGAAUCUGCGGAUCAAUUGAUACGCAGGAUUACAACAAUUCUAAGUUUACUCAGGAUCCAGCCCACGCGCGGGAUCGAGCCGAGGCGGGGGCCGCUCGAUCCAGUCGAUGCGGGGUUAAUCCAUCACAGCGAGGGGAAAAUGGAGGGAUGCGGGUGAUGCGAGCCGGCGCUUCAUCUGAUCGAAACUGUUCUUCUCAUAUUUGAAGGCCGCAAUUCUUCGGUUACUCUGCACAAAUUCAUGGCGAGGGAUGUCCUAUCCUUUCUGUUGCCUCACGGUACAAGUACGUCCUCCCCUACAACUCUUCCCACAUCCUUUCCACUCCGGCAACAAAACAUCCUUCAACACAAUG